AUGCAUUGGGGGUUAUUGUUUAUUUUAGGAGGUGGAUUCGCAAUGGCGGAUGCUGCUAAAGAAAGUGGAAUGACUGGACUUAUAGCUAAUUCCCUUAAGUCGUUUUUACAAAAUGACAGAAUCUACAUACUUAUAGUUUGUAUUGGUAUGGCCUCAAUUAUUACCCAUUUCUUAUCCAGCAACGUUGCUUACGUAACUAUUCUUACACCUAUUAUUAUGGAUAUAUCCGUAGUGGCUUAA